UUCACUGUGAACUGAUCAUUUGUGACCUGUGUAGAGACAGAGAGGAGUACCAGCCGUGGGCCUUGGACUUGGACUCAGCUGCCCAUUUUAACCAAAGGGGGGGGAUGAAUUAUCAAGGUUUUAAUCGCUACGGAAACUAAAGUGGUCAAUGCCAACGAUUCCUCCGAGGGCGAUGGGCUGGUGUGCAGGUGAGCCAACGUGAGAGUCCGCGUAAGGAAGCGCGUCGGUCCGGUGGCACAUGGGAACCGUGUGUCACCCCAAAUCCUCAUCCGCAUUUUAUUUUUAUAUAUGAGUUAAUAGACGGACCCCGGAGCGCAGACAGACAUGUCUAGAGACAGCAUGACGGAUGUACGAGGAGCCCAUUCACCCAGUGCUUCACCUAAGGAGAAUGGACACGCCGUGGCGAGCCCCGUUCAACCCAACUUUCCCCCUCCCUCAGCGGGGAACGUACCCGAAGACAACCCGGUGUCCUCCACAAGCGAGCUGACCCAGACUUGGGUGCACCUCGCCAAAACGUUUGUUCUCAUUUUCCCCAUUUACGCGCUGGGAUAUUUUGAGUUCAGCUUCAGCUGGCUGCUGAUCGGACUUGUUAUCGUUUUCUGGUGGAGGAGAAACACAGGAGGGAAGCACAGCCGCCUUAACAGAGCUCUGGCUUUCUUUGAGCAAGACGAGAGAAGUGUCCAGCAGAGUCUGACCACCUCUGAUUUACCACCAUGGGUUCACUUCCCAGACGUGGAGCGAGUGGAGUGGCUAAACAAGACAGUGAAGCAGAUGUGGCCCUAUAUCAGCCAGUUUGUGGAGAAACUCUUCCACGAGACGAUUGAGCCGGCUGUGAAGGAGUCCAGCUCCCACCUCAGCACCUUCUGCUUCAGCAAGAUCGACAUAGGAGACAAACCCCUCAGGGUCAACGGGGUCAAGGUCUAUACAGAAAAUGUGGAUAAGCGACAGAUCAUCAUGGACCUACAGAUCAGCUUUGUUGGCAACACUGAGAUUGACGUAGACAUCAAACGCUACUACUGCAAAGCUGGCAUUAAGAGCAUCCAGAUACACGGCGUGUUGAGAGUGGUGAUGGAGCCACUGCUGGGUGACAUGCCUCUUGUCGGAGCUCUGUCUGUGUUCUUCCUCAAGAAACCACUUCUGGACAUAAACUGGACUGGCCUCACCAAUAUACUUGACAUUCCUGGUCUCAAUGGCUUCUCUGACAGUCUGAUUCAAGACAUUAUCUACAGCUACCUGGUAUUACCCAAUCGCAUCACCAUCCCUCUCGUCGGGGAUGUGGAACUGGCCAUGCUACGCUUCCCCAUGCCAAAGGGAGUCCUGAGGAUUCACUUCUUGGAGGCUCAGGAUCUGGAAGGGAAGGAUAAAUUUCUGGGAGGGCUGAUCAAGGGCAAGUCCGACCCCUACGGCAUCCUGCAGAUCGGCAACCAGCUGUUCCAGAGCAAGACGAUCAAGGAGAGCCUCCAUCCCAAAUGGAACGAAGUCUACGAGGCGUUGGUGUACGAGCACUCGGGUCAACACCUUGAGAUUGAGCUGUUUGAUGAGGAUCCGGACAAGGAUGAUUUCCUUGGAAGCCUGAUGAUCGAUAUGACAGAGCUGCACAAAGAACAGAAAGUUGACGAGUGGUUCAACCUGGAGGAAACUUCCACUGGGAAACUCCACUUAAAAAUGGAGUGGCUAGCUCUGCUCUCCACUCCGGAGAGGUUGGACCAGGUGCUGCGAAGUGUGCGUGCAGACAGAAGCCUGGCCAAUGAUGGGCUAUCAUCAGCACUGCUUGUGGUCUAUCUGGACUCAGCAAAGAACCUGCCAAGCGUCUUCACAGGCAGCUUAGGCUGUGGGAACUUAAGUGAGAGGAGAGCAUCUGGUCUAGUCUUUUGUGAGAGCAAUACUUCAGAGUAUAGAACAAUAUGUUCUACGAAGAAGAGCAGCAGCGAACCCAGUCCUUAUGUUCAAAUGACCGUUGGACACAAAACACUUGAGAGUAAGAUCCGGUUCAAGACCAAGGAGCCUCUGUGGGAAGAUUGCUUCUCAUUCCUCGUUCACAAUCCCAGGAGGCAGGAGCUCGAGGUGCAGAUAAAAGAUGACAAGCACAAAUGCAACCUGGGUAAUUUGACGGUGCCUUUGAGCAGCCUGUUGGCAGAGGAGGACAUGACGCUGACUCAGUGCUUUCCUCUCAAGAACUCCGGGCCCAGCUCCACCAUCAAACUGAAGAUGGCCCUGAGGAUCCUGUCCCUGGAGAAGCAGGUAUCCUCAGACCAGCCCUCCUUCGUCCAGGUCAGGAAGUCCAGUGCGCCGCAGCCAUCCGGCCCCGCCCCCUCCCAGAGACGAUCAGCCUCAGAUUCCCCGCUGCCUCCACACACGCCUCCGCCACCUAUAGACGCUUCCACCCUCACCCUCCAACAAAGGGACGGCGAGCCGUACUCAGCCAGUACCUCCAACCUGAGCACCUGCAUGUCCAGCUCCCAGAAACACCUGCCUCAUAAGGAGUCCACACCCAGCCUGGCCUCGGAUAUCUCCCUGCCCUUCGCCACCUUGGAGCUUCAGCAAAGGCUUCGCCAGCUGCAGAAUGGCUCGGCACCCAGCCAGUACCCCCUGGGCGAGGUCCAGCUGACUGUUCGACACAGCUCCCAGAGGAACAAACUCAUUGUGGUGGUGCACGCCUGCCGUAACUUGAUAGCCUUCACCAAAGACAGUUCAGAUCCCUUCAUCCGCCUCUAUUUGCUGCCCGACAAGAGCCGGACGGGGAGGAGGAAGACCAGCACAAUGAAGAGGACCCUUAACCCUGUCUAUGAUCAAACGUUUGAGUUUAGUGUAUCUAUGGUGGAGCUCCACAGGAGAACUCUGGAUGUAACAGUGAAGAACAGAGGGAGCAUCCUGUCCAAACAUAAAGGGCUUUUGGGGAAGGUGCUGGUAGAUUUAAGUGGGGAGGAUAUAUCAAAAGGAUGGACACAAUGGUAUGAUCUGAGUGAAGAUGGUUUCUCGUCUCAAGGCUUAAGAAAUAUUCAAGACCCCCUCCUCACAUAGUGAAACCACCUCUCUGCUGUAAUAUAGUGAUUUUGUUAAUAUAAGGGCACAUCAUUUUGUUGCGUUCAUGGACAUUUUUCAUAUAGUUUACAUGAAUUAUUUCAGCAUGCAAGAAUUUUUGUUCAGACUUUUCCAGCCAUAAUUUCAUUAAUGAUGAAGAUUAGAGGAUAUUGUAACAUAUUGUAAUGCGUAUGAAACACACAAAAUGCCUUGUCUCUGUUUUAUGUAAAUAUGAAGUUGCUAAUAUAUAGUUAGAAGACUUUGCAGGGGUUUUCGUGGCAUUAUGUUUCCUCAACGGAAAUUGUAAUGAAAUCUGUCAGAAUUGUUAUUGCUUUCUGUUGAAUUUGUUAAAAUGUGACAAAUCCUGUCGUCGUCUGAGGAAACUCUUACCAAAGGAACAGAUACAAUCACAAAAGUAGGCUUAAGUAGCAGUCUUGACUUUGAUAUUUUUUUUUUGUCAUGCAGUGUUAUUUUGAUUGUUUACUUCUUAUUGUUCUUCUUAUGCUUGAUUACAAACAUGGAAUGCAUAUAUGCAAAAGGAUAAAAUGAUUGCUCUGUAUAUUUUAAAAUGACUUUGUGCAAUAUUGGUUGAUCUGAACGUUGUCUCAGAUGAUGAAGAGGGGCAUUUUAGGGCUAUGAACAAGUGCUGUAUAAUAUGAACAAUAUAAAGGAUACUUGAAUAAGGGUUUGACUUUAUCGUUCAGACCAAAUGUUGAGUCGAACAAAAUUGAAUAAUAUGAGCAGAGACAACAAUUAUUGCAUUUUAUGAGCAGGGAUUGCCAGAAUUUGUUAUGAAGAUGACACAGCAACGUCACAGGCUUGUACAUGCAGUCGUAAGUGUUUGUUGGAGCGUUUAAAAACUUUUUCUUGUUAUCUAUCCUGUGCCUUAAAAAAACGCUAUGUAAUUUUUUGCCUUCUUAAUGUUAUUAUUUUGAAUGAUGCCUCAUGGGUUUUGAAGAAUAAAUGGUUGCUCUUGUGAAAGAG